AUUUGAGCAACUGGAGAGAGGAGACUUUUGCAUAAUUUAUUGUCAUCCAGAGUCGACUUCUCAGGUCUCAACUGUACCAAGAGAUCAUUUGUGCAGUAGUCAGAGAUGAAGUCCAUAUGGUUUCAGAAUGGGGAGAAGAAUUCCGUCCUGCAUUCCAGAAGCUUGGGGAGUUAAUGUGCAUUCUAGAGAAAGCUUUGCAUUUAAUUCUCACAGCAACUGCUACACCGAAAUCAAUUGCAAGUCUAUCUAAACAGCUGAAUUUGAAAAAUCCACUUGUUAUCAGUGAGAAUGUGGACCGUCCAAAGAUAUUUAUAGACAUUAGAACCAGAUUGCCAAACUUUCAUAAAUUUGACAAAUUUGAUGACUUGAUACAACCAGUGGCAACAGAAUUGCUGGAAAAAGGAGUUCAUUUUCCAGUAACCAUAAUGUAUGUGGAAAGUUUGGAAGCAUUGUCCUAUUUUUAUCAGUUUCUUUCGUAUAAACUUAAGGGUGCCAGCUAUGAUGGUGAGGAAAUUCCACAGAAUAGAAUAUAUGCCCAAUACCACAAAGAUUAUGCAGAGUCCAUGAAGAAAAUCACUAUUCAAGAACUGACUAAAGAAACCCCUAAAGUCAGAUUAGUUUUGGCAACUGUUGCACUGGGAAUGGGGCUUAAUGCUCCAAGUGUUUCACGUAUCAUUCAUUGCAGGCCCCCAACAACACUGGAGAAAUACCUACAAGAAAUCGGUCGUGCUGGACGUGUUGGACAACCGUCAGUGGCAAUUCUUUACUACAACAAAAAUUAUAUUGCAAAAAACAGAAUCGGUAUGACGGAAGAAAUGAGAAAGUUUUGUGAAAGUGAAACAUGUUAUAGAAUUAUUCUUGUGAAUUACUUUGGAUUUGAAAGUGUUGUUUUUUCAGGACCAAAGGAACAUUGUUGCUCCAUUUGUGGCAGAAAAGACUAUGGCGAUAUUUAA